UCAGGUUUCGAUCGUCAUUGUUGUUGCGGCUUUAUUUUGAAAGUGAUUUGAUAAAGAAUAAUUAUUAUUGACAAAAAUUAUUGAAUCUAUGUCAAAUCUGCAGCGUGUAAUGAUGAAGUCUCGUCUACCGCCAAUGUGUCCGAACCCCAAGUUCCCCAAGCCAACAGACCGAGGGUUUCGCCGGCAAACGGACUACAAUCCGGUUAUGUGGAGUGAAUACUUUGCCGAACACAAAGACGUUGAAACCAAACAGGGCAAGUUCCGUGUUUAUUUAUCGAAAAAACCAGAUGUACCCGGACCGCUACUAGUUUUGCUUCACGGAGGUGGCUUUUCAGCGCUCUCAUGGGCUCAUUUUAGUAUGGAAAUCACAAAAAUUAUCCACUGUCAGUGCUUGGCGAUUGACAUCAGAGGCCAUGGAGACACUUUAACUGCAAAUGAGGACGAUCUGUCGGCUGAAACAUUAGCGCAGGACAUAGGGGAUGUGCUACAAGCAAUGUACGGCGAGUCAUCUCCACCAGUGAUCCUGAUUGGUCACUCAAUGGGAGGUGCCAUUUGCGUCCACGUCGCCUAUCUGAAUAUUGUUAACGCACUCAUCGGAAUCGUCGUAAUUGAUGUAGUGGAGGGCACUGCAUUGGAAGCUCUGGCUAGUAUGCAAAGUUUUUUGCGGUCCCGACCGAACACGUUCAAAAGCAUUCAGCAUGCAGUGGAGUGGAGUGUUCGCAGCGGUCAAAUCCGAAACAUCGAUUCUGCGCGGGUUUCUAUGCCCGGGCAAAUUGUAAACAUUGAGACUGGUAAACUAUCAACCAACGAGCUACCACUGCCAGAAGAAUCGACCGGGGAGUGUACUCGUUUUACCAAUCCGAAUGCUAUUGCAGAAGACGCCGAAAUGUCAGUACCGAUUGCUGCACCUCCUGCACCGUCAUCUAGUAAUGUAAAAAAGUAUACCUGGCGUAUUGAUUUGUCUAAAUCGGAAACAUAUUGGGAAGGCUGGUUCCAAGGUUUGAGUCAAAAAUUUUUGGACGUUGGAGUUCCUAAACUGCUGCUACUGGCUGGAAUUGACAAUCUCGAUCGGGCUCUCACUGUUGGUCAAAUGCAGGGCAAAUUUCAAAUGCAAGUACUUGCUCGAUGUGGUCACGCCGUUCACGAGGAUCGGCCCCACGAGGUGGCUGAAGUAAUUGCAACGUACUUGCUCAGAAAUAAGUUCGCCGAGGCGUCAGGUGACGGACAAUUUCUGAAGCAUUUGCCUGCUUGCUAAGUGCAGGUAAGACUCAUUUCAAACUACCUUUUCGAGGACAAACGAUUGACAAGGAAUGUUUUUGCAUUAUGGUUCGACAAUUUCGCUCUUACGUCCCAAAAGUUGAGAUUUUCAGGAUCGUGUCUAGAUAAGUUUAUAUUUCAGAAAUAAUAAUUUAUUUUCCCAACUGCAAUAUAGUCGUGUCAAAAUGAAA